ACACGGCCGAGUUACAAUACUGCUUGUAUAUAUUUUUAUUGUGGCAAUGUGUUUGUUAGUGUGUGUAAAAAUUACGCGUGUGUGUAUUGCGAGUCAAAUUUAUAGUUGUGUGUAGUGUAUGGACACAGAAUAUACUUAAUGGUGUUAAAUGUUUUCGAUGAGUGAGUUUACCUCGUCCCCCUCAAAAAAUUACAGACUUUUUUGUUGGUGAAUUUGGGUGCGAACCACGUCCAGUUAUUAAUGGUCUAAGCCCAAAACGUCAUCAGGCAUGGCGCUGACAUAAAGCUUUCCACUUCAGCGUUGUCACCGUAUUGUGUUUCAGAGCGCGAACGCCUGCGCGAGCUCAGUGCUGUUGUACAACAGGUGGGGGAACCGUAAACCGACAUGUCGGCGUCGUCGCUGUCGGCGCCGCAGCGCAUCGACAUCAUAGACCUGGACCGCUACUUGCGCAGCGCCGUACGCCCACCCGACGCGCGUCGCGCCCGCUCGCGGUAAACGCUGGCGCACUCUAGAUGCGCCGUGCGGGCGAGCGGUGUGACGGCCGCGUGUCGCAGACAUGUCGGCGUCGUCGCUGUCGGCGCCGCAGCGCAUCGACAUCAUAGACCUGGACCGCUACUUGCGCAGCGCCGUACGCCCACCCGACGCGCGUCGCGCCCGCUCGCGGUAAACGCUGGCGCACUCUAGAUGCGCCGUGCGGGCGAGCGGUGUGACGGCCGCGUGUCGCAGACAUGUCGGCGUCGUCGCUGUCGGCGCCGCAGCGCAUCGACAUCAUAGACCUGGACCGCUACUUGCGCAGCGCCGUACGCCCACCCGACGCGCGUCGCGCCCGCUCGCGCGAGCGACCGGCGGUGGACGUGGACAGCCAGCGACUGGUGGUGGACGCGGGCGGCGGGGGCGGCGCGCGCGGCAAGCGCUACUGGCACGACUCGGGCGUGUCCGACAGCAGCGGCGGCGGCCAGCGGCGUGCGCACAGGUGCGGCGCGCCCGCCCGUCGCUCGUCGUGUCGCGUGUUGCGGCUACAGCGGUGCGCUUGCAGGCGCGCCGGCGGCCGGCGGCGACGGCGCGGCGGCUCGACGCAGGAGCUGCGCGCGGCGUGCGAGCGUGCGCUGCGCCAGCAGCGGCAGCAGAUCGCGCGCGUGACGCAGCUGUGCCGCUCGUUGGCGGCCGAGCGCGCGCCGCCCGCCGCCCGCAGCGUCAGCAGGAGGAGCUUCGGCCAGAACGUGUCGCCGCGCCCGCGCCGGCGCCGCUCGGGCUCCAGCGGGUCCGACGCGGCGCGCUCGGCCGACCGCCGGACAGAGUCAUGCGCCACGUGCGACAUCAUCGCGUGUAAGCUGGAGGAGCUGAGCCGCACGUACGCCGCGCGGCGAUCCGCGCCGGACGCCGCGAGCCGUCCAGCGCCCGCCGCUCGCUGCGCCGUGACGCGCGUGCACGAGCUAGACAUCCGUCCGCAGUCCGCCAGGCGAGUGCCCGCAAGUGUAGCUAGGCGAGACAUACGCGGACCGUUCGGCGCCGGUCGCACCGACACAUGGCAGCAAAGGUUAUGUGACGCGUGUGGCUACAUUAGCGCUCGUCGGUUGCAGCGGUGGCCGGGGAAGUCGCCUGCAGACGCACGGCGAGUCGCGCGGCGCGUCGCUGUGCGCGCUGUGCCGCGGCGGGUGGCGCGCGCUGCGGCGGUGCGCCGCGCGGCUGCUGCUCGGUGGCUGCUCAUGAAUAAACUGAUCUGUGUUAACUAAGCUAAA